AUGAUUACAAUACGUGUUGCUCAACAAUAUCUCAUGGUGCUUCUCAUAUUAGUUAAGCACUGGUUUUAUGCUCUUCGCAAUCUCAUUAUUGGUGGACCACCACUUAAAGAUCUCUCGUCGGAAACUGUCCUGAUCACCGGUGCUGCAAGUGGUCUUGGAAAAGGUGUAGCAGAACGGUUAGCUCAAUUUGGCUGUACACUUGUUCUUUGGGAUGUAAACGAAACUGACAAUGCUCGUGUCGCGGAAGAAUUGAACAGCAUGACAAAGUCUAAUCGUGUUCACGCAAUGAGAUGUGACUUGACUAGUCGAGAAAGCAUCUAUGAAUGUGCUAAAAAGGUUCAAGAGGCAGUUGGUAACGUGACCAUGGUUAUUAACAAUGCUGGUGUUGUAUCGGGUAAAACACUGGUCAAUUGUAGCGAUGCAUCCAUCCAGCGGACAUUCGAUGUGAAUGUUCUUGCUCACUUUUGGAUAUUGAAAGCAUUCUUACCGUCAAUGUUAGAAAAAAAUCAUGGCCAUAUUGUGACCAUUGCUAGUGCAGCAGGUCUGAAUGGUGUCUCUGGUCUAGUUGAUUAUUGCUCAUCGAAAUUUGCUGCUGUUGGUUUACAUCAAGCAUUAACACAUGAAUUGUAUGCCUUAAAAAAAGAUGGGAUCAAAACAACAGUUGUUUGUCCGACUUUCAUCAAUACAGGAAUGUUCGAUGGCGCUCGUACAAACGAUUUGACACCUCUACUAAAACAAGAAGAAGUCUGCGACCGCAUCGUGAAAGCAAUUCGUCAAAAUCAAAAUUUAUUGCUUUUACCGAAAUCCUUAAUACUUUCAGUUGCAUUAUCCAGUAUCGCACCGAUCGCAGCUGAACUUGAAGCACAUGAAAUGAUCGGCUUACAUUCGACAAUGGAUUCGUUUGUUGGGCACGCAAAGAAAUCAACAUAA